UGAACUGCUGAGCGUAGAGGGGCGAAAAAUCUUACGGCGCCGUAUUUUAUAAGAAGAAACAACGUAUAUCUAUUUUUAAGGGGCUUUAACUUAACAGCCAAUGGGCCACAUUUAAGUUUAGGUGAAAUGUUCUAGCUCGGCACCACAAGUCGGUCAUUUUUUUUUUCUUAAUUGUGUGGGCCACUUCUGAGUACUUUUUGAGAAGAACCAAAUAUCCCGGAGACAGCUCAGCUUCGGGCUGGCGACCUUAUGUGGAUUAUACAGAAAAUAUGGGCCAAAUACCCGGUUCCUCAACGGGCAAAUCUCUGGUUAUCGUCUUUUGCUUCAUCCAGCUGUCUUUGGCUCUACAGUGUGUGGAUAAUGUGACACCAUGUGUUAACAAUGCUACGUGUCUGAACUUCAGCAAUGGCACUGGAUACUGCAGGUGUGCUCCAGGUUUCCUGGGCGAGUACUGCCACCAUAAGGAUCCUUGUCAUCCCGGCUUCUGCCGCAACGGUGGAAACUGCUCGGUGACGGUCUCAGCUGGUGUGCCAGUACCAGGCAGCCCCACCUGCACCUGCCCGCUUGGUUACACUGGACAGUUUUGUGAUGAACCCCAGAACUCCACCUGCUACCCCAACAACCCCUGUGCCAACCAAGGUGUCUGCACCCUCCUGCCCAACGACAAGUACAAGUGCCAGUGUGCCAGAGGAUGGACUGGUCCACGGUGUGAGCGUGAGGACAGCUGUCUGUCCAGUCCCUGUGCUAAUGGAGGUACUUGCAGCUCCCUGCCCGGUGGUCGCUAUACUUGUUCCUGCCCCUCUGGCUACACAGGUCAAAACUGCCUCAAUGACACAGAUGAGUGUGCCACCGCACCCUCUUUGUGCCAGAAUGAAGGAGUUUGUGUCAACACCCCCGGCUCGUACAAGUGCAACUGUGCCUCGGGGUAUACAGGUCGCCACUGUGAAACCCCCUACGUCCCCUGCUCACCGUCACCAUGCCUGAAUGGAGGCACUUGUCGCCCAACGUCUGAGACCAGCUACUUGUGCCACUGCCUUCCAGGUUUCAAUGGAACUAACUGUGAGAACAACAUUGAUGACUGUCCAGGACAUCAGUGUGCCAACGGAGGAACCUGCAUGGACGGAGUGAACACCUACAACUGCCAGUGCCCUCCGGAGUGGACUGGUCAGCACUGCACAGAGGAUGUGGACGAGUGUCGCCUGCAGCCCAACACCUGCCAGAAUGGAGGUACUUGCAGCAACCUGAUCGGCAGCUACGUCUGUGUGUGCGUCAACGGCUGGAGUGGACCCGACUGUUCAGAAAAUAUUGAUGACUGCGCCACAGCUGCAUGCAGUGCAGGCUCCACCUGCAUCGACCGCGUCGCCUCUUUUGUCUGUUUCUGCCCAUAUGGGAAAACAGGGUUGCUAUGCCAUAUAGACGACGCCUGCAUCAGUAACCCCUGCAGAGAAGGCUCUCAGUGUGACACCAACCCCAUCAAUGGCAUGUUCAACUGUAACUGCCCCGCUGGCUACGUAGGCAGCACCUGCAACAUCGACAGAGACGAAUGUAGCAUCGGAACCAACCCUUGUGAGCACGGUGGCCAGUGUGUGAACACAGAUGGCUCCUUCACCUGUAACUGUGUUAGAGGCUAUGCUGGGCCACGCUGUGAACAAGAUGUCAACGAGUGUGCCUCUAACCCAUGCCAGAACGACGGCACCUGUCUGGAUCGCAUCGGAGACUACUCCUGCAUCUGCAUGCCCGGAUUUGAAGGGACUCAUUGUGAGAUCGAAGUAGAUGAGUGUCUCAGCUCACCCUGCCUGAACCAGGGUAAAUGCGUCGACCAAGUCCACACAUUCGUCUGCGAGUGCCCGGCAGGCUUCAGUGGCAAGAUGUGCCACAUAGACAUUGAUGAGUGUUCCAGCACACCCUGUUUGAAUGGGGCCAAGUGUAUCGACCGUCCCAAUGGAUACGAGUGUGACUGUGCUGAAGGCUUCACUGGACUACUUUGCGAAAAAAACAUCGACGACUGCGUGCCAGAGCCUUGCCAUCAUGGUGUGUGCAAGGAUGGCAUCGCCACCUUCUCCUGUGAGUGCCAUCCAGGAUACACAGGCAGCAUCUGUAAUAUCCAGGUCCAGGAGUGCCACAGCAACCCCUGCCAGAACCGAGGACGCUGCAUUGACCUGGUCAAUGCCUACCAGUGCAACUGUCUGCCAGGAACUGCUGGUGUGAACUGUGAGAUCAAUGAGGAUGACUGUGCUAGCAACCCCUGUCAGUACGGAGAGUGUCAGGACGGCAUCAAUGAGUAUAAAUGUGUAUGCGCCCCAGGAUACACAGGGGCUAAAUGCGAUGUGGAAAUAGAUGAAUGCAACUCCAACCCAUGCAUGAGUGGAGGAACAUGUGUGGACAAAGUCAACAGUUUCUUGUGCCACUGCCCCCCAGGCACCCACGGCCCUCUUUGUCACUCUGGGACUGACCACUGUGCUCCACAGCCUUGUGUGCAUGGCGAGUGUGUCGAACAGCAAAAUGGGUACACCUGUAAGUGUGACCCAGGUUGGGUUGGGCAGCUCUGUGAACAGGAAAAGGAUGAGUGCCAGUCCAGUCCAUGCCAAAAUGGUGGCAGCUGUGUGGACCGUCACAACGGCUACACCUGCCAGUGCCGUCCUGGAUUCACAGGUGUGAACUGUGAGAGGAACAUCGAUGAGUGCGCCUCGGGGCCGUGUCAGAACCAAGCUGCCUGUAUUGAUGGAGUCAACAGUUACACCUGCCAGUGCAGUCCACCGUUCACAGGUAAACACUGUGAGGAGGAGCUGGUUCCCUGUGCCUCUCAGCCAUGUGAGAGGGGAGUGUGUCACCCAACUCCAGACUACACAUCCUAUACCUGUAGAUGUCCCAGCGGCUGGCAAGGUCCACGCUGCAGUGACGAUGUGGAUGAAUGCAGAAAAAACCCUUGCAAAAACAGAGGUCGCUGCACCAACAGCCAGGGCAGCUACAUGUGCAAAUGCCAGCCUGGAUACAGCGGACACAACUGUCAGACAGACAUUGACGACUGCUCGCCCAACCCGUGCCUGAACGGCGGCUCUUGUGUGGACGAUGUUGGCGGUUUCUCCUGUGACUGCCGCCCAGGUUUUGAGGGGGAGCGCUGUGAGACCGAGGUGGACGAGUGUGCCAGCCAACCCUGUCGCAACGGGGCCAUCUGCCGAGAUUACGUCAAUAGCUUUGUGUGCGAAUGCAAAGCAGGCUUUGAUGGAAUCCUCUGUGAACACAAUAUCCCAGAAUGCACUGAGAGCACCUGUCUGAAUAACGGGACAUGUAUUGAUGACAUCAACAACUUCUCGUGCCGGUGUCGUCCCGGUUUUCAUGGGAGGUUCUGUGAGUUUGAACAGAAUGAGUGUGACUCCAAGCCCUGUAAGAAUGGAGGCACCUGUACUGAUGGCUUUGGCACCUACCACUGCACAUGUCCCAUGGGAUACAACGGACAGAACUGCCAGAACUUUGUGAACCUGUGCAGUCAGGUGCGUUGCCUCAAUGGGGGCUCCUGCUCUCAGACAGAGACGUCCUGGACCUGCCACUGUCCUGUGGGAUGGACAGGGCUCUACUGUGACGUCCCCAACAUGUCCUGCCAGGACUUCGCUGCCAGGAAUGAUGUGGAUGUUGACAAGGUGUGCAAGAAUGCAGGGAGGUGUGUGAAUGUGGGUAAUUCCCACCAGUGCCUGUGCCAGCCAGGAUACAUGGGCAGCUACUGCGAGGAGAUGGUCGAUGAAUGCCAGUCAAAUCCCUGCCGCAACGGAGCCUCGUGCGUGGACUAUCAGGGCACCUAUGAGUGCAUAUGUAAGCCAGGUUACCAGGGGGUGAACUGUGAGUACGAUGUUGACGAAUGCCACUCCAACCCCUGCCUCUACGGAGGAACCUGUAUCAACCUCAUUAACCGCUUCACCUGUGCCUGCCCACCUGGGACUCAUGGGCUCCUGUGUGAGGUGAAUGUGGAUGACUGUGCCCCCAAGCCUGGCUCCUGGGGCACUCGCUGCCUGAAUGGGGGUCAGUGUGUGGACGGGGUGGGCCGCUAUACCUGUUCCUGCCCUCCAGGCUUCGCUGGAGAACACUGUGAGGGGGACGUCAACGAGUGUCUGUCUGGGCCCUGCCAUGCCCCGGGCAGCCUGGACUGCGUACAGCUGGCCAAUGACUACCAGUGCCGCUGUCGCCUAGGAUACACCGGUCGUCAUUGUGAGUCCAUGGUGGAUCUGUGCCUGUCUAAACCAUGCCACAAUGGUGGCUCCUGCUCCAUGAACAUGAGCUCGAUACAUGGCUACACAUGCGCCUGUCCUCUUGGUUAUACUGGCUUCAACUGCGGCGAAAUGGAGGGCUACAACUGUGCCAACCUACGUUGUCAGAAUGGAGGGCGUUGCAUCGAGUCACCGGUUGGCCACCUCCACUGCCAGUGCCUGCUGGGCUUCAGUGGGCCUCGCUGUGAGAUUGUGCAAGUCGGAUGCAAGAGCCGGCCUUGCCAAAAUGCAGGAAAAUGCAUCAAAGACCCUUCCAGUCCACUCCAGUACAGCUGCCUGUGUCCCACUCAUUUCUCUGGGCAACACUGUGAGAAAUCUAUCAUUGCUCCACCGCCUCCAGUCUGCCCUUACCUUGAGUGUGAGCGGCGAUCGGGGGAUAAAGUGUGUGACCCUCAGUGUAACAACCAUGAAUGCCAAUGGGAUGGAGGAGACUGCUCGCUCCACUGGCCGCGGCCUUGGAUUAACUGCACUGCCAGCGUACCCUGCUGGGAGCUCUUCAGAAACGGCCGCUGUGACAAGGAGUGUGACAACUCUGGAUGCCUCUUUGAUAGCUUUGAGUGCCAGGAGACACCACAGGCCAGCUGCAAAUAUGACAAAUACUGUGAAGACCACUACGGUAAUGAUAUCUGUGAUCAGAGCUGCUACACCGAGGCCUGUGGCUGGGAUGGUCUGGACUGCUCUGGAGACACAGCGCCCAAGGUGGCAGAUGGCACUCUGGUGAUUGUGGUGCAGCUGCAACCUAGGGAGCUGCUUGGGGACUUAAGAGGUUUCCUGCGUUCCCUAGGAACCCUGCUUCACACCAACCUGAAAGUGAAGCUGGAUGAAAAUAAGAAAUAUAUGGUGUACCCUUACUAUGGGAUGGAGGAUGAGGAGGGAGUACAGGCACACAAGCGUAGAACCAAGAGAGAACUAGAGAAGGAGAUUAUUGGGUCCAAGGUGUAUCUGGAGAUUGAUAACCGUGAAUGUGCCCAGAGCUCAGACGACUGUUUCUCCAGCGCAGAUCAGGCUGCAUCCUUCAUUGCAGCAGCUCACCUCAGGGCUGAGCUCCCUUACCCUGUAGUGUCUGUCUCCAGUGAACUAGGAGGGCAUGUUGGCCCAUCGUAUUUGAUGUACCUGGUCGGUGUGGCAGUGGUGAUCAUCUUGCUCAUCCUGGCACUGGGGAUGCUGGCAGCCAAGAGGAAACAUAAACACGGCACCCUCUGGCUGCCUGAUGGUUUCCUUCCUAAAAAGGAUGACAAGAGGAGGGAGCCUGUCGGACAAGAUGACUUUGGCAUGAAGAAUUUCAAGACACAGGAUGGAGCCAUGAUUGAUGGAAGCCAGGGUCAGAGAUGGUUAGAGGAUGAGGUACCACCCAAGAAACCAAGGACUGAAGAUAAGCCCCUGCUGCCCAUGGCUGUGGAUGGAGGAGUGGACCGGAGGGAGUGGACCGUGCAGCACCACAAGGCUGCUGACAUCACCCUCACUCCACCACAGGCUGACCUGGAUGCUGAUUGCCUGGAUGUUAAUGUCAAAGGACCAGAUGGCUUCACCCCACUGAUGCUGGCAUCACUGCGUAAUGGAGGAGGAUCAGACUGCGGCCUGCACGGAGAGGAGGAGGAUGAGAGUGGAGGAGAUGAACCAGGGCCUAGUGUUAUCUCAGACCUGAUUGCCCAGGGUGCUACACUAAUGGCCCAGACUGACCGCACAGGAGAAACAGCACUUCAUCUGGCUGCUCGCUAUGCCAGGGCGGAUGCUGCUAAAAGACUGUUGGAUGCUGGAGCUGAUGCCAAUGCACAUGACAACAUGGGCAGAACUCCGCUGCAUGCUGCUGUAGCAGCUGACGCGCAGGGGGUUUUUCAGAUCCUGAUCCGAAACCGUGCGACAGAGUUAGAUGCAAGAAUGAACGAUGGAACCACUCCUCUCAUCUUGGCAGCCAGGCUCGCUGUGGAGGGCAUGGUCGAAGAGCUGGUCCACUGCCAUGCCGACAUAAAUGCCGUAGAUGACCAUGGCAAAUCUGCUCUUCACUGGGCAGCCGCAGUGAACAAUGUGGAGGCCACUCUGGUGCUUUUGAAGAAUGGAGCUAACCGUGACAUGCAAGACAAUAAGGAGGAGACCCCACUGUUUCUCGCUGCUAGAGAAGGCAGCUUCGAAGCAGCUCAGGUUCUCCUUGACCACUACUCCAACCGUGACAUCACUGAUCACCUGGAUCGGCUGCCCCGUGACACCGCCCAAGAACGCAUGCACCACGAUAUAGUCCGCCUUCUCGACCAGUACAACCUGGUCCACAGCCCUCACAAUGGGCCCAACCACAUGAGUGGGAAUGGAGGGCACUCCUCCCUUGUGUGUGGGGCCAAUGGAGUGGGCUUCAUUGGCAUGCGCCCUGGACCUCAAGGCAAAAAGAGCCGGAGGGCUGGAGGUGGUGCAAAGGUGGGAGGUGUUGGUGGGGGAGCAAAGGAGCUAAAGGACAUGAAGGCCAAGCGGAGGAAGAAGCCUGCUGGAGGAGAGGGGCCAGGUGUGGGAGCUGGUGUGGGAGGAGGAAGCGGAGGAGGUACAGCAGGAGCGAGCACUAAUGGCACCAAGGCUGCAGGAGGCCUGACGGAGAGCUCUGUCACCAUGUCACCCGUUGACUCCCUGGAGUCUCCACAUUCAUACACAGGUGACACCUCCGGUGGCGUGUCCACCACAGCCAAUUCCCCUCCCCUCCUGGGCAGCCCCAGCUCCAGACCCCUGCUGCCCCCAGUUAGUCACAUGCUGGGCCAGCAGCAGGGCUGGGUGGGCAUGACCAAGCACAGCUAUGGCGGCCAUAUGUUUGGCCUGGUGCCACACCAGAUGGGAGCAUCCCACCCUGGCAUGGGCCAACACCACAGCCAGGGCCCAAUGCUUACACCCAUGAAUGUUACCAUGAGCCGGGAGCAGCUGCCUCCCAUUGUCACCUUCCAGAUGAUGGCCCCGGGGCCGGGAGGGGGACAGGCCAUGCUGAAGCAGCCCCAGCCUGGGCCGGUGCAGGUCCAACCGUCCCAGGGGCAGAACCAGAACCAGAAUCACUCCCAGCAGGGGCCGGGUCACAUCCACUGCACCCAGAGCAUGAUGUACCAGAUGCCUGACCAGAUGGGCAUGGGGCACGGGCUCUCCCACACCCUCCAGCACCCCCACACUCACACCCUCAGCCACGGAGGCCACGGGAUCGCGGAGGGCCAGUCUCGGCAGCUGCCCCCCUAUCAGGCGAUGCAGAGUCCUGUGGAUAAGUAUCCCACACCCCCCUCCCAGCACAGCUACACCACUGCUGGCUCAGAGGGCACCACCCCCGGCCACCCUGCCCACCCACCCAGCGAGCACCCAUACCUCACUCCCUCACCAGAAUCCCCUGAUCCUUGGUCGUCCUCUUCACCACACUCCAACUCAGACUGGUCUGAUGUCACCACCAGCCCCACCCCCCUGGGCAACCCCCACCACGCACUGCCCUCGUCACGCCACACACACAUUCCAGAGCAAGUGCAGCUGCAGCCUCAGUCGCAACAGACGCAGCAGGGCUCCCAGCAGCCUCAGCGUGGAAACAUGCAGGUGUUUGCAUAGGCCGGUCAGGGGAAAACAGAAAAGGACUGACUUUGGGGUUCUCAUAUUCUGUAGUUAAAACUACAACACUUAACUCUUACCUUGUUCGUCUUGCUCUGUUUUCAUUAAUUUCCCUGUUUCUUCUUUGUUAUUUUAAUCAAUCACCUCCCCUUUUGUGUUUUCUUUUUCUCUUUGCACUUAAGAAUACUGUUUAUAGUUUCUAAUCAAAACAUCACUGACUGUUGUCAGAUAGAAAUCAAAAGCUCUGAAUACCAAAAGGUGUGAUGUCAGUUGUCACAAGCUAAAAGUGUUUUCCUCUGUUGGCCCAUUGAUCACAGCCAAGAGACCUCCGCUCUGUUGGCUGCAUCAGGACUUUUCUUCGGGGUCUUUAGCACCCAAGACAAAACUGCUUAUUGAGGAAUCAACGAGGAACAGCCUAUCAGAUGGUUGGUAUUACAUGAGGAAAAUGGACUGUUGAGAUGGACGUUGAGACGGGACUUUAGAUAUUCUGCUGCGCUCAUUCUCACGAGCGGCACAGAGCUGAGCCUUACUUUUGGCUAUUUGUUUGACAUUUUAAUAUUGUAACAUGCUAUAUGCUAUCCUUCAAUAUUUUUUUUAAUGUGAUAAGCCUGCCAAUACUAACUCUCCGUUUGAAACAUAAACUCUACUUUUUUAUUUGUUGGGUCACAUUCAAUCAAUGUUAACGCUUUUAUUGUCAAAGCAAAACUGCCAAGUUGUUGUCUUAUUGUUUUUUCGUUCAUGUAUUAUUUCUGGUUUUUGAUAGGGCUCAAGGGGGAAUGUCAUAAAUGGCUUUUGCAUGGUUAAAAAAAACAUACAAAUACACACACAAAUGCAUCUAGUCACUAUGUGGUUCUAAGCUUGUGGUGUAAAUAGCUCUUCAUCAGUUUCAUUACAGUAGAUACAUAACUAGUGUUCACCCCCAGGCCUUGUCUGUAAGAAGUUAAUUUGAAAACCAAAUCAAAGUCUGUCUGAAUGCAAUCUUAUGUCUCUCUCAUGGUUUCUCAGCACAGAGGGAGUAACUGUCACUUUAGAUGACAGUUACUCCUUCAUGUGAUGGUGAGAAAUUAAAUGAGGGGGCUUGAGAACCUUUAUGCAAAACACACACACACACAAGUGUUGUCACACAUUAGUAUUGUUACUGUUGUGUUGUGGGGCAAGUAUGUUGAAAUGUACAUAAAUUAACAGGAGGUUCUACCCCAUAUUUACUGAGCUUGAUUUGACUAUGACAUGUAUAUGUUAAGAUGGCUGUUACUGUUCUAUACUAUACAAAUAUUGUUCACACCUCUUAAGUGAUUCAAAUGGUUCCUGAAGGUGUACUUUUUUUUUGCUUUGAAAUGGCUGCUUCUGUAUGUUUUCUCCUCCAAGAUUAUGUAAUCAUUUCUUGCUUAACUACAAUCAGUGUAUCUUUGCACAUUUAAUUGUUACACAAUUCAUAAAACAAGUCUGGAAAUGUGUAAGAUAGGUUGUACUGUCAAAAUAGGAGUCGUUUUUCUCUUGCUGAUGCUUCUUCAGAGUCGAUGUUGAGCAUAGCUUCGUGUGACUGCUCUGUAACCACAGACAAUCAUUCAUCUUUUCAGUUUUGCAACUUUAAAAAGAACAUCGGUGUCUCUAGACCAAAUUUAUUUGUCAGCCAAAUAUAUAAAUCAUUUCCAAAUUUCAAUCAGUUGUUGUUUUUGUUUGGAUUACUGUUACAUUGUGUGAUCUAUGAAAGACUAAAAUUUAAAUACAAUACAAUACAAACAAGUUUAUUAAUCCCAUUAGGGGCAAUUUGUUUGGAGCAGCUUGUUGUACACAAAACACAGAAACAUACAAUCAAAUAAAGAAUGCAAUAUACAGCAAAAAAGGAAAAAAAUGCCAGGGAAGCUUGAUCCGCUGUGCACGUACACACAUACACGUGCACACACUCACACACACACACACACACACACACACACACGAAUAUUCCCAGCAUCUGGCACUUAAAUAAUGUGAUGACCUUAUGAUGUCCCUCCAGGUUUACAAACUAUUUGUACAUUGGAUUGUCAGUCAGCUUAUAACUUGUUUUUUUUAGUAAGAGCCUAUGGAGCAUGCCAUUUCCCAUACAAAUCUGAGGCCAUUUCUGUGUGCUGUAUAUAAAACAUUUUUGUAUUUUCAUUGUACUUUUCUUUCUGUUAACCGUAAAUAGCCUAUAAUAUACAUGUCAUAUGAAGUAGUUGCCCUCACGUUUGUAUAAGGUAGAAGAUACUUCUUAUAAUAAAGAACAAACGUCUGUUGGAAAUAAACCAAAUGAUCAACCAAAUGUGCUUACUGAAAUAAAGCUCAGAUCUUGUAA